ACGAAAAGAAGAGGGGGAGUAGAAGGAGGAGAAGAAGAGGCCGUAGCUCUUCAAACCGGUCACGCAGGCAACCAUUUUAAGAUAUCGAAUGAGUGAGAGCACCCAGGGGGAAGAAGUUAAGGAAAGAGAACGUGGUGUACAAUAUUUUAAAUAUCAAAUUAAUUUGCAUCGCAGACAUAAAGUCAACUUCAAUUGGCCCAGCAUUUCACAUCGCAUUCAGUUAAGAGGAAAAUCGCUAGCCUCAUACUAAACGACGCUGGUGCUAGCUAGUUAGCAAAGCUAACUUGAGCUACGUUCGGAGUCUCGUCUGACGCAACGGUCAUUGAGCCUGCCAACCAAACAAGUCAGAAUGAGUGCAACCUCUUCCCAAAAAGUUGUGCUGAAAAGCACCACCAAAGUGUCUCUCAAUGAGCGCUUCACUAAUAUGCUGAAGAACAAGCAACCUACGGCAGUGAGCAUUCGAGCCACCAUGCAGCAACAGCACAUUGCUAGUGCCCGUAAUCGUCGGCUGGCCCAGCAAAUGGAGAACCGACCCUCUGUUCAGGCUGCACUGCACAACAAGCAGAGCCUGAAGCAGCGGCUCGGGAAGAGUAAUAUCCAGGCAAGGUUGGGAAGACCCAUUGGAUCCCUGAUGCGUGGAGGUGCUACUGGAGGCAGAGGAGGGAUGCGUGGCAUGGCCAGAGGUGGUCUUCGAGGACGUGUUCGAGGAGGAGCAAUUAGGGGAGCUCUGUCAGUCAGAGGUAAACGGCUUUCUGCAGGCAUGGGCCAUUUGCGUGGCCGAGGGGCUGUUGGGCGUGCCACACUGCGUAGGGGAAUGCGCCAGAGAGGAGGAGUUGCUAACCGUGGCAGUGCCCCACCUAGAGGAGCAGGACGAGGGCUUGGAGCAAGGGGUCGGAGUGGGCCACGUGGACGUGGUGGCUUCACAAGCUGGGGUGGUCGAGGUCGUGGCCGAGGCAGAGGAGCCAACCGUCCAGCAGUUACUCGAGAACAACUGGACAAUCAGUUGGAUGCCUAUAUGUCCAAAACCAAGGGCCACUUGGAUGCUGAACUGGACGCAUACAUGGCCCAAGCAAACCCUGAGGGCAUGGAGUGACGUCACUACAGCGAGGCGCUAGCUAGCCAGAGACUCCUGCCACAGGCCUUCAGACAAACCAAUGUUACUGAAAAGAAUAUAGUUUUUUUUACACUCUCAUAGUCUACAUGGUUUUAUUACAAAGGUUUUACACAAUAAGACUGGUGACAAGUCAAAGGACUUGGAAAAUCGCCGGCUGAAGAAAGGAACCACAGGAAACCAAAAAAAUGUCUCCCUGAAUGUGGGCUUGUGAUACUAUUCAAAUCUGCACUCUCACCUUGUGUAAUGCAAACAUCUGAUGUAUGGAAGCAGAACUCUUGUCACAGGACUUUUUUAAGCGUUCAUGAACCCUGUUUAGAGGUUUGUACCUAAUUGUGCUUCAGAGCAGGAAAAGGUGGGCUAAGUGUCUUAGAAAAACAAAAUUAAUGAAUUAAAAAUGUGACCGUAAUAUUGCUGGACACUUCAUUUACUAUUACAACCAGCUGCAGAGUCGGUUUUUAGUUUUCAUACCUGUUAGGUAUUCUGUUGCUUUUUCAGCUUGUUUUAGCCAUCUUGAAUACAAAGUGUUGCAGUUGUUUUUAGAAAACAGUGUAAGCCAAGGGAAUUUUCCAGUCUUGUAAUGCAUUUUUGUAUGUAGGAGAUUUAGUACUUUUGAGGUUUAGGUGUUUUCUCCAGUCCUGUUUGUCACCAUCUUUUACCUUUCAGCAUUUUUCUUGUGGAAUGCUAAUGUUCAUUAUAUAUUUGGUGUUUGUACUUUAUUACUCAUACCAAGCAAAUAACAUUUCAUUGACAACAUACCUGAGUUUUCUUUACCCCUUACUGGUGUCAAAUUGAAGAAAUUAAAUACUCGUCAUUAAAGGCUAGCAACAAGGACAUUGUUUUUUUCUGAGGGUGAAUAAUGAGUUCACGUACCACCAAGUCCCAAACUUGUGACAAAAGAAAGGGGGAAAAAAUUAGUAGCGUCAACCCACCACAAGGGUUAAUAUUAUAGUGUCAACAUUAAUUUCUUGCAUUAUAUUCCAUAUUCAUUACUUGAGCUUAGUUGAGUCUUUGAAUUGUCAAGUCAUUGAGUACAUCUACAUGGAAACUAAUAACCUAUUUCCUGGGAAUAGGCAAGGCAAUAUUUUGAAAUGGUUUACAUGGUUUGGAAAUACCUGAUUUAUUCUAAACAAAGGUAUGCUCUUUUUUUUCUUUCAAUAAAUGGUCUAUGAUAUGUUGGCUGGUACAGUACUUCCUGUUGAAGAGGUGUGGACUAGAGCUCCUGUGACUUUGGGUCAACUCACAAUUGAUGACCUCAGACUGCUCUAAGACAGUAGACUUGACUUGGACUUGAACAGCUGUGACGCCUAGUUGAGAAUUAUAACUAAAUUUGAAUGGUUUGUCCUAAUCUCAGUUUCCCCCAAUCA